UGUACGUAUUUUACGGACAUAUGCUUUGCGCUGAUCGGAUGACAGAUGAUCGUCAGGAGUCAAGUCUGUGAUCCAGCCAUAGAUGAGUCCUGUCUCUGAGGUCCAGUUCCAUGUUUUUCAGCGGCCUCUGUCUGUCUCUGGCAGCAGCGCAGCAUGAAAGCAGUGGGAAACAGAAACACUAUGGCUGCCACUCUGUCUCUUACUCAGCUCUCCAGUGGAAAUCCCAUCUACGACAAGUACUAUCGGCAGGUUGAUCCGACCGGCAGUGGGCGGGUGGUGGCGGGCGAUGCAGCUGUGUUCUUGAAGAGGUCGGGGUUGGCUGACUUGGUCCUGGGGAAGAUCUGGGACUUGGCAGACUCUGAACGUAAAGGUUUUCUGAACAAACAGCAAUUCUUCAUAGCAUUGCGAUUGGUUGCCUGUGCUCAAAAUGGCCUGGAGGUGGCGCUCAAGAGCCUUAAUGUGGCUGUUCCUCCCCCCAAAUUUCAUGAUACAAGCAGCCCGCUGUCAGCAGGAGGAGUGGCUAUUGACAUUCCCUGGGUUGUCAAGCCUGAGGAGAAGAUGAAGUUUGACUCCAUCUUUGACAGUCUGGGUCCCGUAGGAGGGAUUCUGACAGGAGACAAAGUCAAGCCCGUCCUGCUUAACUCCAAACUUCCAGUGGACAUCCUCGGCAGGGUGUGGGAGCUCAGUGAUCUCGACAGAGACGGCAUGUUGGACAGAGAUGAAUUUUCUGUGGCCAUGUAUCUGGUGUACAGAGCUUUGGAGGGAGAGCCUGUCCCCAUGUCCCUACCACCUCCCCUGGUUCCACCCUCCAAGAGGAAAAAACCCUCUGUGCCUCCCGUGAUGCCCCUGUUACCCUCGCCCCCCUCAGUCAAAGACAGUCGCUCCUCCCACGCUGGUUCUAAGACCAUGCCCCACCCCCCUAAACCCGCCCCAGCUCCUGUUCCAACACCAGCAGCUGUCCCUUGGGUGGUCUCGCCAGCAGACAAAGCAAAGUACGACGAGUUAUUCAACAAGACAGACGGUGACAUGGACGGCCUGGUGUCAGGACCUGAAGUCAGAGAUAUCUUCCUCAAGACUGGGCUGCCCUCUGCCACACUCGCACGAAUCUGGGAGCUCUGUGACAUUGGAGACAUCGGGAAACUGACCCGAGAGCAGUUUGCCCUGGCACUUUAUCUGAUCAAUCAGAAGCUGACUAAAGGCCUGGACCCUCCGCAGAGUCUCUCUCCAGAGAUGAUCCCUCCGUCUGACAGACAAAACAUCAAACAGAAUAACGCGGUUAACCUGGCAGCUGACUUCUCUGCCAUCAAGGAACUGGACUCUCUCAGCAAUGAGAUUGUUGAACUACAAAGGGAGAAGAGCUCUGUGGAAGAGGAGAUCAAGGAGAAGGAGGAAGCCAUCAGACAGCGCACCGGCGAAGUGCAGGACUUGCAGGAUGAGGUGGCGAGGGAGAGCGAGGAGCUGCAGCGGCUCCAGGCUCAGCGUCAGAAGGUCCAGCAGGCCUUGGAGGAACUGGACCAACAGAAAGGCUCUCUGGAGGAACAGCUGACUCAUAUUCGCCAGCAGACCAGCCAAGAAACCCAGCUGAUUUCGUCACUGCAGUCUGAGCAUGAGGAGCAGGAACAGAGGAUAUGUCAGUAUGAGGAGGAGCUGGUCCAGGCCAGAGAGGAGCUCCUUGCUCUGCAGGAGGAGAGCAGGAGGCUGCAGGAGAAGGUCCAGGCUGCUCAGGAGCAGCUUACACCUCUGCAACAGUCAGUCCACGACUCCUUUACACAAGUUGCACAGGUUCAGCAGAAACUGAACAACCUACAGGAGGAGGAGAGGUCAGUAACUGCUCAACUCAGCUGGAAGAGAGCCCUGGAGGACAGCUCUCCUGUCAUGGUCAACGGAUCAGCAGGCCCCAAUGCAGAUCCUUUCCAGCAGGACCUCGACCAGGAGGACCAGCCCAAAGAGCUGAAGGAGGAAGAACCAGCAGCUGUCUGCAACGAGCAGAAAGAACAUUCAGAUCAAAAAGAGAACGAAGGAGUGAACGAGAGAGAAAAGGACGAAGAGAAAGAUGAAGAGACUCCACAGGAGGAAAUGUUAAAAACUGACGCCUUGGAUGAUCUCUAUACUAGUCUCGCCUCUUCUGAGCUGUACAAUAAUGUGUCAGGCCUCACCAAGCCACAGGAGAACACUGUUAGGGAACACCGUAGCUCUACGCCUGACAUCUACUCGGAGGCCAUAGAUGAUGCAGGGGAAUCGCCUAAAGAGAGCCCACCACAGCAGGUUGCAUCGCCUGAGUCAGAGAGCAAGCAGGAGCCGGCAGAGUCCGCAGAAGCGACCACGUCCUCGUUACCACCUCAAAUCGGCCCUCGCUCUCUGCCGCCUCAGACCAGUCCUCCCUCCCUGCCUGAGAUGGACUUCUUCCAUUCAGACCCCUUUACUGACCACGAUCCAUUCAAAGAUGAUCCAUUUGGAAAAGCAGAUGUUGCAGAUCCAUUCGGAGGAGAUCCCUUCAAAGGGUCUGACCCCUUUGCUGCAGACUCUUUCUUCACACAGACCUCCAGCGCCCCCUUUUCCUCCGACGACCCUUUCUCUGCGUCAGCUGACCCGUUUGGUACCACUGCUGGUGUGCCAGAACCAGACCUGUUUGCAGCCAAGCUGAAUGAAUCAGCAGCUGCACCGGCGGCCGGAGGUCCAGAUCCCUUUGCCUCCAAAGCCACCAAUCCAGCUUCAGCGACCAAGGAUCCAUUUUCCUCCACGGGGAAUAAAAUGGCUGAUUCGGACCCAUUUGGAGGCAAAGUGAACGCCUCUGGGGAGGCAGAUCCGUUUGGUUCUCAGGACGGAGGGACAGAUCCAUUCAACUGCUCUCCACCCAGCUCUGAUUUGGCUGUGAAGGACACUGCAGCAACCAACGACCCGUUUGCUCCAGGUGGUACUACGGUAAACGCCAGCUCAGAUCCAGAUCCUUUUGCUGCUGUGUUUGGUAAUGAAUCCUUUGGAGGGGGCUUUGCAGAUUUCAGUGCCUUGACGAAGUCAAACGGUACUGACCAGUUUGGCAUCAACAAUAAGAACCUGUUCCAAGAAGACAGUCAGUCUGCCAGCUCUGAUGUUCCCCCAGCCCUGCCCCCCAAAACGGGUACACCAACCAGACCACCUCCUCCACCUCCAGGUAAGAGAGCGUCCAUCUCCAGAACAGAGUCCUCUGACUCCUUCCAGCGACGAGGGCACUUCCUCCCCCAGUCUUCAGGAGAAUUUUCUUCCUCCCUGCCUGCAAAGGAUCCUUUAGCCGACCCCUUCGCCCCCUCCUCCCCUCCUCGUCACAACGUACGGGAAGCUGACCGAUUUGCCAGCUUUGACAAAUAUCCCACAGAGGAAGACAUGAUAGAGUGGGCAAAGCGCGAGAGCGAGCGAGAGGAAAAGGAGCGACUUGCCAGGCUCACCCAGCAGGAACAAGAAGACCUGGAGCUGGCCAUCGCACUCAGCAAGUCUGAACUCUCCUGAGGAGCUCCUUUCCCCUCCUCCGCUGGCUCGGCCCGGCACAGCACAGCCUGGCCCAGCCCAGAACGCACCAAAGCGAAGUGGGGACUGUAUAGGACUGAUUCAGCAGCACCUGCUGACCCCAUGAAGAGACUGUCUCAGAACAAACCCAUCUCUGAAUCUUUCGACGCCCCCUUUCCCCCAGACUGUGUUCACUGUGGCAUUGCAGUUUUGUGUCUUUUUCCAUCCUGUUGGCCUCUGUGGUUUCAUUUUGGAGAACCAAGAAGGAGUGUGCGCUCUGUAAAGAGUGGAUUGUUGAAUGAAAUGCAGUGAAUACGGAUUUAGAGAUUGUUAGAUGUUAAGAUUGCUCAGUUGAUUUCAACUCCAGGCUACAUAAACUCUCCAGAAUGUAAUUUAUUUAAACCUACACUCAGAACUAGAUUGAAACUGCCUUGUCAAAACUCCUGUCUUCAUCCACUAACAGUACUCACCAGAUUUAACUCAGCUCACUCCGACUUCUGUCGAAUUUCAUGAGAUUUCCUUUGUUGAACGUACUUACUCAUACGACUUGCCCCAAAAUCCCCUAAUUUCCCUCCAGCUGUUGGUUAAUCUUCUGAAACUAAAUAUUUAACUGUAGUUUCAAGGUGGCAAGCAUUUUGGAGGCACUGUAACAAAACUGAAGAGUCAGGCUUUUUUUUUUUAAAUGGAGUGACCAUAAUUUUCUAGUCCUGUACGAUAACAGUGAGCUUUCUAAAGAUGUUUUUGUUUUUUGGUUUUUUUUUGCAACUGGAAGUCACCCAUCCUCUGAUAUGUGAAAUGCAUGUGCAGAUUUAUACUAAAAUUGAACAAAUCCAUCACAACUACUACAUUCAGCUUCUAGCUACUUUAAUGUUGUUUAUGAGCAGUACAUUGCUUUGCCCGGCAUCUGUUCUGUCUGUGCUGAAACGUUUUAGUGAAAGGAAUGAAACUAUAUCCACUACAUGUACUGAUUGCAUCAGAUUUCAGGGCGCACUACAAGGGAUUACACAAAAACAAGAACACAAAUGCUUGGUUUUUUUGUUUGUUUGUUUGUUUGUUUUGACCGAGUCCAACUUUGAGUAUCUGCGAUUUAGAUGAUGCAGCUGUGAAAUGUCGUCACCCAAAUACUUAUUAUCUUUUAGUUAAUAUGAACCUUUAAUAUCUGGUUGAUUCCAGAGACAUUUUUAUUAAUGAGGCAUGAGAUUAAAGGAUGUUAUUUUGGACAUUAACAAACAAAUAUGAGUUUAAAAAUAGAAACUGGAUUGUCAGGGAUGAUUGUAUGAGCGUGGAAAAACAGAUUUAUACCCACUUCACCUGCUGUGAUUACUCACAGAGUGCAUUAAAUAAUGAUCCACACAGAGAACUUCCUCCAACAUGGUGGGAGGCUGGAGGAUGAUGUUGGGCUCAGAGCCGUCUCCUCACAGCAGAGUGGCUGAUGGUUGUGUUACUCAGUAUCCAUUUCAAAGUAUGCACAUGUUGGUGCUUCUUUUGUUAGCAUUUAGGAACCUUUUUUUUUUAUUGUUUUAUGUUUUCUUUUUUGUUUUUCUUCUCUCCUCCCUGAGAGGUUAACUGGAUUUCAAAGUCUUACAGAAAGUUUGUUGAAGUUGAUUCGAGUCUCUUUCAUUUUGGCGGAGCAGUUUGUCCACUUCAGGCUCUGUGGGGAUUUAACUUGCAAAAGAAGCUGCUGGUGUGUUGUGAGGAUAAAAGCUCAUGUUGCAUCACAUCCUGCUUCACAGCAGCCUGCUGGCCCAGAAAAUGGGCUAAGUUACUUUACACCGAGUGCUAAACUGUGAUAGACGGUCUGUGAACAAGGGAAGACUUGGAUGUAGCGCAGGAGGCCUUCUUUUUUCAUUUUCUUUGCUAACGUCAGACCAAACAGUGAACAAUAUUUUGGACACUUCCUCCCGCUCGGCCUUGUGUAUACUGAGCACCGUUGUUUUCUUCCUCUCGUGUUUAACCAGUUUACUGUCUGUGGUUGAUUCUGCACUUUCUGCUCAGUGUGUUUCUCAUCUGUUGACAAAGACAACGGGAGUCGUCUGUCUGUCUGUCCUCCACCCUCACCUCUGAGCCUCUCGUCAUACUACAUCUUAUAGUUUCAUUCUCUCACAUAGAAAAGGCCACCAGACACGUUACUGUCAUUUGUACAGACUCCUCAGAUUUUACAAAUCAAGAACCACUUAUCUUUCUAGGCUUACCCAUAAAGGCUUUUUAAAACUCAAGCUAAUUGUAUUUUAUUUUGUAUUUUCUAACAUGUAAGAAAAAAAAUCCUUAUUGGGAGGUUUGGCCAGAAUAUGUAAUGCAUUUAAUUGAAUCAGAAUAAAUAUUAAACAUGUGUACCUUUGC